AUGCACUCGACCCGCCCUGACCGGCGAGCGGCGCCUCAGCAACCGCCUCCUCGCGCCCAGCAGCAACAGCAGCAGCAGCACCAGCGUCAGCGAAUCGAUGCACUACGCCCUGGCUCGUCGAGCAGCAGUGAUGGCUCUUCCGCCUCGUCACAGGUGACCACGCUUUCCCGCCCCAAGAAUAACACCCUCUACUCGCUCAAUUCGUCGUCUCACCGUCUCCCUCGCAACUCGUCCGGCGUCGGCAACGGCACCAACAGCAGCAACGUCUCCCUACCCUCCGUAACCGUUCAACGACCAAGCGGCGGCGCUCCUGUGAGAGCGCAGCAGAAUGAGCCUUUUACUCAAAAACAAUUCCCGCGACUUCCCCAGCACCAGCAGCAACAGUCGCACCAUCAUCAUCGGCCGCGACAGCAUUCACAGGGCUUCUUCGAACCGUCGCUUCCCACCGCCAGUCUCGCUGAACACGCCUCCAACAUGACCGCCCUGUCCGCAUCGCAGAUUGCUGCGCAGGCGGCAAUGCAGUCGACCCAUCACGUCCGAAACCGAUCGCAGACUGUCCCUGUCGAAGACGGGCCCAAGGGCCGCAAGGGCAGUCGAGACACUCCAUCCCCAUCCCAGUUUGCGCCCACUGUCACCGCCACCCACACUCGAAGAGACUUUUCAGCGCAGACGUAUCAAAACGGCCUCGUGGGUUCGAAUGCAGCCGCGGCGACAACUGCAGCCAACGUGGUCUUUCCACGCAGCCCCGGCGCGGAAACUGUGGACCAGAAACACAAGGCCGAAAGGUCAAAAAAGAAGCUCUUUUCAAAACCAAAACACAUCGGCAUAUCGAGAGACAAGGAAUGGAAGGACAAGGCUCUCCCGUCUCCUAGUAAACUCGGGUUUGGCGGAUCAGGCGGGCUGUCGAAAAUCGUCAGUGCGUCGACAACAAACCUAACCGAUAUGAGCUCGAACAAUUCAUCCUUGUAUAAUCUGUCAAAUGCUUCGGCCAGUACCGUCGUCCCGGUGGAUAGGGCAGAGAAGGACAAGGACAAGGAUAAGGACAAAUCACACAAACACCACUUUUUAUCACGGCAAAAAUUAAAGCUUAAAGAUGACCACUUUCAUCUACCUCUAUCAUCGGCUUCCAGCAACUCCAAGCCAUUGGAUCCCAACGCACCGCAGUCUCUCUACAGCUUUACUCCGUCGUCUCCACUAUCAACUGGAUUUGGAAAGUCAGGGUUGGAUAUUCUUCACGGUGGUCGGGCUCUACGAGAGAAAAAGCGAGAAGAAAAGGCCAUGGCAUCGGCAGCGGCCAUAGAUGCAAAUCGAGAUCAAGAAUCCGAGUGGCUUGCUGGCGCUGGCAGUGCGAACGCCUCAGCCGCGCUUGUUGGGGCUCCAUCGCUGGCCAGUACAGCGGGAACGUACAACAACGACAGCGUGAAGGAAGCACUACAGGGCUUUGGUCUACAUAAUAUGACGGCAGAAGACGUGUGGGACUUUCUCAAAGCGAAACUACUGGUCGUGUUUGACGGUGGAGAUGUGCGGAUCGCAGUGGAAGAUUUGAAUAAGCUUGUGAUCAUCCAUAUCCAACGCUGCGUACAGAAGCAUAUGCCAACAGUCGUCGAAGACCUACGAGAUUUACUAUACACAGGGUUUUCCACCCUGAACCACUCCAUCAGUGGAGUGCAGGACGAGAAGUUGAUUCCACAUUUGGUCCAGAUCUGGAUCUCAGCGUUUGGGACUAUUUUGCCCUUUAUCCAAGCGGUUUUCCUGCCUUUGGAUCUCGAAUUCAAGGGCCACGGGUCUGUAAUGAACGACCGCGAAGCCAGGGAAUUUUGGGGCGCUUUUCCGACAAAUCAAGACUCGCCGGAGACAGCAAUCGGAGACGCGCUCGACGUGCGUACCAUUGUGCUAAUUGCAUUCCGAGACGCAGUGAUCCUACAGCGCUAUGAAGGACUAAAGGCGGUCUUCUCUCGUCUGAGUCUAGACACAAUCGAUGCCACUUUUGGGGCAUUGAGCGGCACUUCCAACAGCAGUAACAGUGGCGGUCGACCCGCCACGGCCGCCUCUUUAGAUCCCAACUACAGUAGCGUCAACUCUCAGUCAUCGAACGCGUUGAACGUCGCAGGCAGCUACUCAUCAGACUCUCUCAGCGCGACACGGAGUCGCGCAACCUCAAACACGUCAUCGAACCCAGACCAGUUGAUUUUCCAGUCGUUUACAUCGCCGCAGCGCCAAAUGCAGUCAUUCCGCUUCAACCAGGCUACAGACACCUCGCAUGUAAUCACUGACACGGUAGGCCGGCUACUGCAGUGUUUCAGCGUGCUUGCCAGCGUGCAGAGCAACGAUGAGGCCCAGGAGCGCGUCGAAACGCUGAUGAAAUCGCUCAAGCACAAUUGGCUUGGGCGCGGCCGCACAGGACGCGACCGACGAGGCUUUGUCGGCACCAAAGUGCGGCCAGUGGCUCUGACCGGCGAUUCAGCGAGUGGCAAGACGAACGGCAGCGAGAAUGGGCGUUGGAAUAUGGCAUCGUCUUGGAGCAUGAAUAGCAUGCUGUAG